CGACAGCGAAAAGGGUCCCUUUCAAAUGAGGAAGGGACAACCUAAAGAACAAUUUCUGCUUUUCGCUUGGAUUGGAUUGUAUCUAUUGGGAAUUAGAUUCUUUGGAAUACUUAAACCCACAUUCUAUUUUCCUCCUCAUUUCCUUUUCAUAUUUUCCUUUCUCAAAAACUCACACCCACUCUCGCUCGCAGCCACUCUUCACAAAAAUCAAACUCUUCAUUUUGUCACAGAACGUUUCGGCUUCGUUCACCUCUGUCUGGAUUGUCAAUGGUCCACAGUCCACAGUUGACACCGAGAAUGCCUCAGUCACUACUGCCAUCACUCUCCAUCUCUCAGUAGCUUGUUUCUUCAUAAGACAAAUCAUUAUCUCAAGCUCUUUUCAGAAUUCUGUCAUCUGAUACAUUUUACUAGUGGGAGUGUAAUUCUGAACUGUGAGAUUUAUGCAUGAUUAAGAAGAUGUCAACUGCACAACCUUUGAAGAAAAUAGUGUCCUGUGUUAUCCUCGAUUUGGAUGGUACACUACUUAACACAGAUGGUAUUGUAAGUGAUGUUUUAAGAGUUUAUUUGGGCGAGUAUGGAAUGCAGUGGGAUGGACGGGAAGUUCAAAAAGUAGUUGGAAAAACACCACUUGAAGCUGCAAGUGCUGUUGUUGAAGCUUAUGGGCUAUCUUGCACAACGAGUGAAUUACUCUCAGAGAUUACCCCCAUGUUCUCCAAUCAGUGGUGCAACAUCAAAGCACUUCCAGGUGCCAAUCGAUUAAUUAAACAUUUGAGUGGUCAUAGAGUGUCAAUGGCAAUGGCUUCGAACUCUCCAAGGGAAAACAUAGAAACCAAAAUUUCUUUUCAUCAGGGAUGGAAGGAAUCCUUUUCUGUCAUCAUUGGUGGUGAUGAAGUAAGAUUGGGGAAGCCUUCUCCAGAAAUAUUCCUUGAAGUUGCUAAAAGGCUUAAUGUUGACCCUUCCAGCUGCCUUGUCAUUGAAGAUUCUCUACCAGGUGUUACAGCUGGAAAGGCUGCUGGUAUGGAGGUGGUUGCUGUACCCUCCAUCCCAAAGCAGUCCCAUCUUUAUACUUCAGCGGAUGAGGUGAUCAACUCACUACUUGAUUUGCAACCUGAAAAGUGGGGCCUACCUCCUUUCCAAGAUUGGAUAAAAGAUACUUUACCACUAGAACCUUGGCACAUUGGUGGUCCUGUCGCUAAGGGAUUCGGUCGGGGCUCAAAAGUACUUGGGAUCCCUACAGCUAAUUUAUCCACAGAAGGAUAUGGAUCUCUUCUUUCAGAACAUCCCUCAGGAGUAUAUUUUGGUUGGGCUGGAUUAUCUAAACGAGGUGUCUUUAAAAUGGUCAUGAGUGUUGGUUGGAAUCCUUAUUUCGACAACACUGAAAAGACUAUAGAGCCAUGGUUGCUUCAUGACUUUGGUGAGGAUUUCUAUGGGGAGGAACUGCGUCUUAUUAUAGUCGGCUACAUACGGCCAGAGGCCAAUUUCUCAUCCCUCCAGAGCUUGAUAGAGAAGAUUCAUCAUGACAGAAAAGUUGCAGAGGAAGCUCUUGAUCUUCCAUUGUUCUCCAAAUACAAGGACGACCCAUAUAUUAAAAGUUCUACAUAAGGGUGGCCCAGCAAUUUCUUGGAGGCUAGUUGUCAUCGGCUAAAACAAUAAAUCGAAUUGUACACGGUUUUGAUAUUCAUUCAUUUUGAAGUGACUGUGUCACGCUCGUGAAUGUAACGGAUAUAAAGUGCCGUAAAUCAUAGAUCAAAUUUACUGUUUCCUAAAUUAUCAUGAUGAAGUUGUGGUUAAAGGUAGACAUCAGUUGCAGUUUAUAAAUGAGAAAAAAAUGAGCGGAGAAAAUCUCCAGGCCU